AUGGGCGUCCAGGCCCAUGUCUCCGCUGUCAAGGUGAUUGUCAGGUGCAAUAAUGGAAAGAAGUCCGCCUCAGUCAACGACCUCGACGCAGGAAACAACGAAGAAACCACAGCGCAUCUUGGCAUGCAUGCUGUGCCAGCAACGGAAGGUCAAGUCGCAUCAGCACAAUGUGUGCCAUCGACACUGCUGCCUCGCAAGCGCCGUCGCAAGCUUCCAGAGGGUGAGGCAAAGCUACUUGAUCGUAUCAGACACUACGAGUCACUAUUGCGGGACAACAACAUCGCCUUCGAGCCAUUUCAGGCUAACAAUGUCGGAGCCGGGCAGCCACAAUCAUCAGUUGGUGGUCAGAUGUGGGAGUCAUUGCCGCACGAUAGCAGUCCACCGCGCUUGCCACGGCGAAGUGAUAUGAAGGAGGAAGGCACGCGAUAUGAAGACUUCAGAUCAGCGGUAGAUCGAUGGUUUGACGAGAGCGAAUCUGCCGAGGCGCCCUCUGCACACGAGGACGAAAGCGAUGGCCACAAACAGCAAUCCACCACCCUCCGUCGAAUGUGGACGCGGCAAAGUCGCAGCGGAAACAACAACAUCCUCUUCGGUUUCCGCCAGCUGAACCUCGACUUGUCAGUAAUGCAUCCCAACCAAGUCCAGAUCUUCCGCCUCUGGCAGAUCUAUCUCGACAACGUGAACCCGAUGCUCAAAGUCACUCAUACGCCGACGUUGCAGACACAGAUCAUUGAGGCGGCCUCCGAUGUAUCGAAGAUCGAGCCCAAUCUACAGGCCCUGAUGUUUAGUAUCUAUUCCACCUCGGUAAUGACUCUCACAGAGCAGCAAUGCCAGUCGCAAUUGGGGUCGAGUCGGGCUGAUUUGCUGACUGGGUAUCAAAUGGCUACUCAGCAGGCGCUACUUGAUUGCGACUUCUUGAGCACUGAUAGUCGUAACUGCCUGACAGCGCUGUUUCUCUACUUGGUAUCUGCUCGCAAUGAAGCGAUUGCGGAUCCUCGAGCAAUUGCUUCUCUGCUCGGUGUGGCAUUGAGAAUCGGAGAACGAAUCGGAAUUCAGCUAGAGUCAGCGAACGUCAAGGCGGGCGUUGUGGAAGGCGAGCUCCGACGUCGACUUCACUGGGCGCUCAUGGCCUUUGACCGUCGGAUCUGCGAGAUAGCAGGCUACAGACUGUCUCUUACACAUUCCGGCGACUGCAAACCGCCACUCAAUGUCAACGACUUUGAUUUACGGCCCGAAAUGCAGACCGCGCCGGAAUCCCACAAAACGCCUACCGAGGCGCUCUUCGUGGCAGUCCGCAGCCUGAUGGUCGAUCGCUUAAUGGACUUCAUGGCGCAACCAGCCGAGGCUUCCGAGGCAUCCAGGUCGAAAGCUGAUGCACUGAUCGCUGACUUUGAACGACAGCUCGAUGAGACUUUCUUUCGGUUCUGCAACCCAGAAAAUCCACUGCAUUUCAUGACGAUGUGGUCCGUCCAGGGCGCGCUCUGCAAGUUCCGUCUCAUGAUGCGAUACUCCUUGCCUUCGAACUCGGCCCAGUCAGAGUCCCAGAAGCAGACAUUACGCGACCUCGCUUUCGCAGAUGCCAUCAAUGCUCUUGAGGCUGAUACAAAGCUCUCCUCAUCUCCGCAUACCAGAGGCUUCAGCUGGUACUUGAACAUGUACUUUCCCUUUCCUGCAUACAUACAUCUUGUGCAGGAACUCAAGGAGCGACCGAUCGGCGAGCAUGCAGAUCAAGCGUGGUUGAAGAUGUCCGAGAACUUCGCAGCACGAAUUGACGACAUGGAUUGCACAGAGAAUGGUGUGGUGAGGACGUUUGCCCGGCGUAUCUUACAAAUCUGGGACAUGCGCGAAGCAGCCAUUCUUGCCAGACCAGGGGCACCUCCCAGCAUUGAGACACCGGACAUGGUCCUGCAGUUCCGUCAAAUACUGGCACAAGGACCAUCAGCAUCAAGCAACGUGACGCCUUCUGCUGCGGCCGUGGAGGCGGCGAAAGGCGGUGCAAUGCUUGGAGUGUCAACUUCAGACCAUGUGAAUGCUUCUGGUCUCCCGACACCAUCGAGCUUUGAUGCUGGAGCGAUGCAAUACAGUGGUGCUAGCGCUGACGCCUUCCCUGGUACGUACGCGGAUGCUGGGAUCGACUUCAAUGGGAUGGGAUCGAUGCAGUGGAACGUCAACUUCUGGAAUCAGAUGAAUGCGCCCACGUGGUGGUGA